UGUAUAUGAUAUAGUUUAUAUACAUUUUCCAAAUGUUCAAAAAAUUCCCAGCGUACACAGAUUAAAAAUAAAUAACAUAGCAUAAUAAAAAUGUGUUUUUGUAAUCUGGGUGGUAAAUAAGACAAUCAAUACUUCAGUUUUUUUGGUGACUUUACUGCCUCUUUUUCAUCUCUAGUUCACACACAUAAAGUGAAAGUGAUUGAGACCUUCAGUGAAGCUUCUCUUACAACAAUCCACCAAUAAAUGCUGGAGUCAAACACACAGAGAAAUCACUCCAUGUGUGACAACUGAAAUCUUCAUGACAUAAUGUUGAUGCUGGUGAAAGAGGAGCUUGAGAAGAUGACAGAUCCACAACCAUGCAGAAUAAAGGAUGAAGAGACUGAGGAACAAAUAGAUAUGAUGGAAGUGAAAGAGGAGAGUCAAGCUGAAGUGGAUGAGAAACAUCAGAUUCUAAAACUAAACCAUAAUGUUUCACAGAAAGAAACUCUGAAGACAGAAGAUAUAAAGUGUGAAAAGAGUUUCAGUGAAGAUGAACGCCCUGCAGAUCACAAGAGGACUCACAGUGAGGAGAAACCUUUAACAUGUCAACAGUGUGGAAAGAGUUAUUCCCGUAAAUCAAACCUAAACAGGCACAUGAAAACUCACGGGGGAGAAAAGUCAUACGCAUGCCAUCAUUGUAACAAGAUUUUCUUAUAUGAAAAUAAACUUAAGAGACACAUGAGGUUUCACCCUGGAGAGAAACCUUACACUUGUCAACAGUGUGGAAAGAGUUAUACCCGUAAAGCUACCCUUAACCGGCACAUGACAGCUCACAGGGGGGAAAAGCCACAUGCAUGCCAGCGUUGUGACAAGAGUUUCUCAUUUAAAAAUCAUCUUAAGAAACACAUGAUAACUCACAGUGAAAAGAAACCUCAUGCAUGUCUUCAGUGUGAAAAGAGUUUCAUAGAUAAACGUGGACUUGAGACUCACAUGAGAAGUCACACUGGAGAGAAACCUUACAUAUGCUCUCAGUGUGAAAAGUGUUUUGCAAGCAAAGACAAUCUUAGAUCACACAUGACAGUUCACACUGAAGUAAAACCGUUCACUUGUCAACACUGUGGAAAGAGUUUCAGAACAAAAGCUCACCUUAAAAUACAUGUAAGGAUUCACACUGGAGAGAAACCAUACGUGUGUCAACCGUGUGGAAUGAGCUUCACAUUUCAAGCAAGCUUUUACCAGCACGUGAGAACUCACAAUGGGGAAAAGCCACAUGCGUGCCAUCAUUGUGAAAAAAGUUUUGUAUAUAAAAAUCAACUUGAGAUACACAUGAGGUCUCACACUGGAGAGCAACCAUAUGUGUGCCAUCAGUGUGGAAAGAGUUUAACAACUGCAACUGCCCUUAAAACACAUUUGAGAAUUCACACCGGAGAGAAACCUUACACGUGCCAUCACUGUGACAAGAGUUUCACAGAAAAAAGUUACCUUAAGAUACACAUUAGACUUCACACUGGAGAGAAACCAUACACUUGUCAACAAUGUGGUAAGAGUUCUACAACUGCAGCUAAGCUUAACAAACAUUUGAGAACUCACACCGGAGAGAAACCUUACACGUGCCAUCACUGUGACAAGAGUUUCCCAGAUACAAGUCGACUUAAGAUGCACAUGAUGAUUCACACUGGAGAGAAACCACAUGUGUGCCAUCACUGUGGAAAGAGUUUUAUAACUACAGCUGUCCUUAAAAGACAUUUGGGAAUUCACACCGGAGAGAAACCACAUGUGUGCCAUCAGUGUGGAAAGGGUUUUACAACUACAACUGUGCUUAAAACACAUUUGAGAAUUCACACCAGAGAGAAACCUUACACGUUUCAUGAGAAAUCAUUACCUUAAUGAACACCUAAGAAUUCACAAUGUCUGUUCUUGUGUUCUUGUGAAACGUCAUCAGUCGCGGCCCAAGUACUGUUCCAAUUCCAAGUUCACAUCAAGUCAAGUUCACAUAACAUCUCAGGAUGUGUUCUUGAUCUGCUCAUUUGUUUGAGGAUGCUUCAGAAUGUGACUUGUGCGGACUUAAGACAGCCAAGUUUUCCAGAAUGCAUUUCACGUCAACGGCAGUGUAGCUUAAAGUCAAUAUUCGAAAUAUUUCUCUUUCUGUGUCAUAAAAUGUGGUCUUUUAGUCGAGAAUGUAGAUGAAUAAACUUCAAAUCUGUUGUCAGUUAGUAAAGAUUAAAAUGUAAAUUUUCUCUGACAAUUUUGGAUAUGUGAGUUUAAGUUGAUCAGCGGGUUGUCAGUGCCGUGUACACCGCCAAGGGCAGCCUUAUUUUGGCAAGUCCUUCUGAAAUGUGCUGGUGGCUCAGUGCAGCUGCUUUGCCCUUCAGUGUCUGAUGGUCAAACAUGAAAUAUUCCCUUUGGAUAUGUCUAACUGGCAUUUUUCUGUCUCUUUA